CGUCCAAUCGGGAGCAUGUUCUUUUGGCGCUGAGUAGGGAAGACAGGGCCUGAAGCAGGGAGCUUUUGUUACAGCUAGAGGGAGAGAGGGAGACAGCUGUGCUGUAAUACAUAGCACCCAGAUUUAUCCAAAGUACGCUCCAACAUUCCGCAAAAUACGAGGCCCUCUCUCAAAUAUCCGGCCACCAAACCAGGCAUGGGAACUGGAAACUGACUGCAUAUUGUCCCUUAUUUUAUCAGCACAUUGUUACCAAGCGAAGAGGCCUGUACUAAAGAAAUUCUCCAAGCUUUUGUUGUGUCUGUUAAUAUAUUGCACCAGGAAGCUCAGAUUUGGGUGUAUUUGUUUAGAAUGGAACACGCUGAAGGCCCUGUAAGAGAAAGGGAAUCUUAAAGGAUGCCGGAGCAGAACAAUGGAUUUCUCCUUCUCUUUCAUGCAAGGGAUCAUGGGAAACACAAUUCAGCAACCUCCGCAGCUCAUUGACUCGGCCAACGUCCGGCAGGAUGGCGGCUACGACGCGGGCAGGGGGGAGGGGGGCCCCUCGGCCUACGAGUCCGCCCUGGAGUCGGGCUUCUCCUACCCCCCCGAGGACCUGCCCGGGGUGCCCAACGGCUACCCGCCGGGCGCUGGCCUCUACGAGCCCCAGGCCAAGUACUCCGUGUACUCCCAGUUCCCCAACGGCUCGGCCAACGGCUACGGCGCCAUCCGCGGGUACGGCGACCAGUGCCUGCUGCCGGGGGAGGGCACGGUGCUGAGGGCGCCCGUCGUCCAGGAGAAACCCCCCUCCCCGGCCCUGCCCCCUCCCCACCUCCCCCACCACCAGCAGCACCUCCACCACCCUUCCCACCAGCAGCAGCUGCAGCACCACCACCACCACCACCUCUUCCACCAUCCGCACCUCCACGGCUCCCUGCCUCUCCCUCCCCAGCAGCUCCCUCCCUCCCCCCACCUCCCGGCCCCCGUCCUGCCCCCUCCCCCGCCCCUGCUCCUCGCCUCCUCCCCCUCGGCGCCGGCCCCGCCCCCGGCCCCGCCCUCCGUCCUCCCCGGCGGCCCCAAGAAGACCAGCUCCCCGGAGAUCAAGCUGAAGAUCAUCAAGACGUACCGGAACGGCCGGGAGCUGUUCGAGUCCUCCCUCUGCGGGGACCUCCUGCAGGAGUUCCAGGCCAGCGAGGCCUCCCGCCGCCGCCACGAGCGCAAGAAGGAGAAGAGGAAAAAGGAGGCGCGGCGGGGGGGCGAGCCGCUGGAGCUGGAGCGGGGCUGGGAGCAGGGCCUGCUGCGGGCACAAGGGGGCGCCGCCGAGCCCACGGUGGGCUCGGGCCCCCAGGAGCAGGGGGGCGACGGGGCAGGGGACCAGCAGGGGCCCGGGCAGGAACAGGUGGCCCUCAGGAGCCCCAAAGUGGAGCCUGAGGAGCUGAGUAUUCAGAAGCACUUUUCGGUGGCCGUGACCAGCCCAGGCCUUUGUGGGGACCGCUUGGUGGGAGACCUGGUUUGGGCCAAAGUGGGGACGUACCCGUGGUGGCCCUGCAUGGUCUCCUGUGAUCCGCAGUUGGACGUCCACAGCAGGAUCAACACCCGAGGGCACCGGGAGUACCACGUGCAGUUUUUUGGGAGCGUGGCGGAGCGCGCCUGGGUCCAUGAGAAGCGGGUGGUGGAGUACGAGGGACGCGACCAGUUUGACCAGCUGCAGGCCGAGACGCUGCGCAGGACCACCAACCCUGCGGAGAGACACAAGCUCCUGAGGCCCAUCCCCCAGAGGGAGCGCGCUCAGUGGGAGGUGGGCGUCGGCCACGCGGAGGACGCCCACCUGAUGAGCAGGGAGGGGCGCAUCGAGAGCUACACCUUCAUCUACGUGGACAAGGAGGACGCACCCCCGUCGGGCCCCGCCAAGGGGCGGGCCGCCAGGCCGGCGCGGAGGGCGUGGCCUUCCCGGGGGUCCCGCGGGAGCAGGGGCAGCCAGGAGGGCGAACACACGGCGCCGCGGCGACAGCAGCCACGACGACAGUGCAGCACGUCCGGAGGCGGGGAGCAAGAGCCAGGCUCCGUCUCUCCCAAACAGGAGGAAGAGGAGGAAGAGGGGGAAGAGGGGGAGGAGCAGAGCACCUCUGUCCUCGCCUCCUCCCCGCCCGUGGAGCCCCAGCCCCGCCCCCAGUCCCCGCCAAUCAAAACCGCCUGGAAGACGGCGGCGGCUCGCAAGCUCCUCCCGCUGUCAGUCACCAUGAAGAGGCUGAACGUGGAGAUCACCAAGUGCGACUGGACCCUGUACCGGGAGAAGGCCCCCUCCUCGCCCAAACCAAAGGCCCCCGAGAGGGAGGGGAGGCAGGCCGACCAGGUCCGCCACUCACCCAGGAGCUGCAGUGCUAAAGUGGAGGGGGGUGUGAGGGAGCAGGAGAGGGUCGGGUCUCCCGCGGGACGGAGGGGUGACCUGAGCUCGGCACAGCACGGGACGGGCGAGGCCUCGUCAGGUCCGUCGGAGCGUAAGCCCCAGCGCAGGUCUGUGAGAAGCCGCUCCGAGUCGGAGAAGAUCACGGAUCCCGUGCCAAAGAAGAAGCUGAAGAAGGAGCAGGCCGAAACUCUUCCACUAACCGACCUGAGGACAGGGUCACAAAAAGGGGCCAGCGAGAUCUCCGACUCCUGCAAACCCCUGAAGAAGAGGAGCCGAGCCUCCACCGACGUAGAGCCGGUCAGCUCCCAGUACCGCGACACGUCCGACUCCGACUCCCGGGGUCUCAGUGACCCGCAGGUGGAGUUUGAGAAGUGCUCGGACAGCCCGGCGGCGGCCGACGCGGACCUCUCCGACGCGCAGUCGUCCGACUCCAACCUGUCCGGCCAGGGAGGCUGCGGGUCCCGGAAGGACACGGUCUGCCAGAUCUGCGAGGCGUUCGGGGACGACCUGGUGCUCUGUGAGGGGGAGUGUAACAGGCUCUUCCAUUCCGCCUGUUUGGGGCUGGACUACUCCUCUGAGGAGAAGUUCACCUGCGCUGAAUGUAAGACAGGCACGCACGCCUGCUUCUCCUGCAAGGCGGCGGACGGCGACGUCAGGAGGUGCGCGGUGGGAGGCUGCGGCCGCUUCUACCACGAGUCCUGCGCCCGCAGGCACCCGGCCGCGACCUCCGACCCCAGCGGCCUCCGCUGCCCCCAGCACAGCUGCGCCACCUGCUGUCUGGAGCGGGACCUGCACAAGGCCUGCAAAGGUCGUAUGAUGUGCUGUAUCCGCUGUCCCGUGGCGUACCACACGGGGGACGGCUGCGUGGCCGCGGGCAGCGCGGUCAUCUCCCCGCACGUCAUCGUGUGCAGCAACCACGCCGCCGCCGGGGAGGACGGCCUGCCGUCGCCGCCCGUAAACGUGGCCUGGUGUUCCGUGUGCUCCCGAGGGCUGUUAGUGCAAGACCGUACCGACAUCAUAUUACGCUCCUAUGCCUACAAGUCCCACUACCUUCUGACCGACUCAAAUGGUGCUGAGUUGAUGAAAUUACCCAUGAUUCCUUCCUCUUCGUCAGCUACCAAAAAGAAUGUUGAGAAAGGGGGAAGUCUGCUGUCCUGCUCGGCCUGCCCCGCCUCGUUCCACCCCGAGUGUCUGAGCAUGGAGAUGCCGGAGGGGGCGUGGCUCUGUAGCGAGUGCAGGGCGGGGAGGAAGCCUCAUUACAAGCAGAUCGUCUGGGUCAAACUGGGCAACUACAGGUGGUGGCCAGCGGAAAUCUGUAACCCGCGCCUGGUCCCCUACAACAUCCAGAACCUGAAGCACGACUUCGGGGACUUCCCCGUUUUCUUUUUUGGGUCCCACGACUACUACUGGAUCAGCCGGGGGCGGGUCUUCCCCUACGUGGAGAGUGACAGGCACAUCGCCAACGGCCAGAUCGGCAUCAACAAGACCUUCAAAAAGGCUCUGGAAGAGGCUGCUAAGAGGUUCCAGGAGCUCAAGGCUCAGAGGGAGAGCAAGGAGGCCCUGGAGCAGGAGCGCCACCACACCCGCAAGCCCCCCCCAUACAAGUUCAUCAGGUCUAACAGGCCGGUGGGCCCGGUGCAGGUGUACGUGGCGGACGUGUCCGAGGUUCCGCGCUGCAGCUGCGGGCCGGCGGACGAGAGCCCGUGCGGGCAGGACUCGGAGUGCCUGAACCGCAUGCUGCAGUACGAGUGCCACCCGGAGGCUUGCCCGGCGGGCGCGCGCUGCCAGAACCAGCGCUUCUCCCGCCGCCUCGCCCCCGCCACCGAGGUCAUCCGCACCGACGGGCGCGGCUGGGGCCUCAAGACCAAGCAGGACCUGAAGAAGGGGGACUUUGUGAUGGAGUACGUGGGCGAGCUGAUCGACGCGGACGAGUGCAGGCAGCGAUUGAAACGCUCCCACGAGAACCGCGUGACCGACUUCUACAUGCUGACCCUCACCAAGGACCGGGUGAUCGACGCCGGGCCCAAGGGGAACUUCUCGCGCUUCAUGAACCACAGCUGCAGCCCCAACUGCGAGACGCAGAAGUGGACGGUCAGCGGCGACGUGCGCAUCGGCCUGUUCGCCGUGUGCGACAUCGCGGCGGAGUCCGAACUGACCUUCAACUACAACCUGGACUGCCUGGGGAACGGGCGCACCACCUGCCGGUGCGGGGCGGAGAACUGCAGCGGCUUCCUGGGGGUGCAGCCCAAGAGCGCGGUGGUGAUAGAGAAGGAGGAGAAGGCUCGUAACGCCCGGCUGAAGCCGAAGAAGCGCAAGGUGAAGCUGGAGAGCCGGCAGACCCACGACUACUUCUGCUUCUGCUGCAGCCAGGGCGGGGAGCUGGUCAUGUGCGACAAGAAGGACUGCCCCAAGGCCUACCACCUGCUGUGUCUGAACCUGACCAAACCCCCCUACGGGCGCUGGGAGUGCCCGUGGCACCAGUGCAGCGUGUGCCAGCGCCCGGCCUCCGCGUUCUGCGAGUUCUGCCCCACGUCCUUCUGCCGCGACCACGACCUGGGCGCGCUGGUGCCCUCCGCCCUGGAGGGGCGCCUCUGCUGCCCCGGCCACGACCCCCUGAGCCCGCUGGACCCCGGGGCCGAGCUGGCCAAGGUCCGGGUCAAGGAGGAGCCCCUGGAGCCGGAGGAGCCGGAGGAGGAGGAGGAGGAGGGGGCGGCCGAGUGAAAGGGCGCCCCCUGCUGGUGAUGGGGAGGAAGGCGCGGGUGGGCCGA